CCGUGCUUUGCUGUGUUCUACUACGCGAUCCGUGUCCGGCUUGCUGCAGGGAUAUUCCGCUGCAGGCAAUCUGCGUCCUGCUUUCCUCUCUUCCCCAUCCUCUCUCUCUCUCUGUACAGAUGGCUGUACUGUUCUUCAGUCCAACUACCUUCACUUCCUCUCUCUCAAACCCUAAGCCCUACAAUCCUCCACCCUCCUUUAACCCUACAUGUUCGAAUCUCCACCGUCCGUCGUCGCAUCCGGUACGAAUCUCAAGGUCGCAACCCCAUAUCUGUUUGCAAAUUGCUCAUCAUAUGUUGUUGGCACCAAAAUGCACACUACGUCCCUCUAUGGCUGCUGGAUUGGAGGACAUGAAUUCUGAACUGCCUUCGGAAUCAGAACUGCCUUUGGAGUCAGAACCCGCGUCAUCUUCUCAUACGGAAGCUAGUUUUGAUAUAAAGCUUCCUAGGAGAAGUUUGCUUGUACAAUUCACCUGCAAUGCAUGUGGCGAAAGAACACAACGGACUAUAAAUAGGGCAGCUUAUGAACGGGGAACUGUUUUUGUACAGCUAUCUUCCAUUUGUAGUCCAAGUGAGGGAUUCAAGCUUCCCAUUCACCUAUCAAAAAGGAUGUCUCCAGCAUCAUAAAUUAGUUGACAACCUCGGCCUUGUUGUUGAGUAUGAUUUGCGAGAGGAUUCGGAUUCUGACACUAAUCAAGUGUAACAUGUACAAUAUAUUUUCAGGGAUUGUAAGUGAUGUUGCAUCUUAUUAUAGUGUUUCUUUUGCCCUGUUGAA